CGGGAAGUUGCGGCUGCCAGCGAGGCGGACUGGUCGUCGGAGGCCACACACUACCUGGCGCUGCGCAGGCCGCGCGGAGGGGACCCCGUGUCGUCAGCCUAGGGUCGAGGCAGGCCGACCGGGAAGCACCGGGCCGAGGAUUUGUGGGAGGAAGGCAGGCAUGGUCAGACCCAUUUCACUGACAGGAAAACAGAGACAGGACGUGUCUCUCUCCAAGUUUUUCACCCAGUAAAAGCAGCCAAACUGGAGGCCAAAGCCAGGUGUCCUGAUUCCCAGCGGGGGGCUCCCUGCACCAACCAUGAGCCGCCUGCUCUGGAAGAAGGUAGCCGGCGCCACCGUCGGGCCAGGGCUGGUUCCAGCAACGGGCCGCUGGGUCUCCAGCUCCGUCCUCGACCCCUUCCCCAGCGACGGGCAGCUGCGGCCUCAGCAGCCGCAAGUGCCAUCCUUGGAGGGCGGGCAGCUGCGGCACAACCCAUUGCACAUCCAGAUGCUCUCGAGAGGGCUUCACGAGCAAAUCUUCGGGCACGGAGGGGAGAUGCCCGACGAGGCCGCGGUGCGCCGCAGCGUCGAGCAUCUGCAGAAGCACGGGCUCUGGGGGCAGCCGGCCGCGCCCAUGCCAGACGUGGAGUUGCGCCUGCCGCCGCUCUACGGGGGCAGCCUGGACCAGCACUUCCGCCUCCUGGCCCAGAAGCAGAGCCUGCCUUACCUGGAGGCGGCCAACUCCCUGUUGCAGGCCCAGCUGCCCCCCCAGCCCCCGAGCUGGGCCUGGGAGGAGGGCUGGACCCGGUACGGCCCCGAGGGGGAGGCCGUACCCGUGGCCAUCCCCGAGGAGCGGGCCCUGGUGUUCGACGUGGAGGUCUGCUUGGCAGAGGGAACUUGCCCCACAUUGGCGGUGGCCAUAUCCCCCUCGGCCUGGUAUUCUUGGUGCAGCCGGCGGCUGGUGGAAGAGCGUUACUCUUGGACCAACCAGCUGUCGCCGGCUGACCUCAUUCCCCUGGAGGUCCCUGCCAGUGCCAGCAGCUCCACCCAGCGGAAUUGGCAGGAGCAGUUAGUGGUGGGACACAAUGUUUCCUUUGAUAGAGCCCAUAUCAGGGAGCAGUACCUGAUUCAGGGCUCUCGCAUGCGCUUCCUGGACACCAUGAGCAUGCACAUGGCCAUCUCAGGGCUGAGCAGCUUCCAGCGCAGUCUGUGGGUGGCAGCCAAACAGGGCAAGCACAAGGCCCGGCACCCUACACAGCGAGGCCAGAAGUCCCAGCGCAAAGCCAAUGGCCACGUGAUCUCAUCCUGGGACUGGAUGGACAUCAGCAGCAUCAACAAUCUGGCAGACGUGCAUCACCUCUAUGUGGGGGGACCUCCCUUAGAGAAGGAGCCUCGAGAAUUGUUUGUCAAGGGCAGCAUGCAGGACAUCCGUGUGAACUUCCAGGACCUGAUGCAGUACUGUGCCCGGGACGUGUGGGCUACCUAUGAGGUUUUUCAGCAGCAGCUGCCGCUCUUCUUGGAAAGGUGUCCCCACCCUGUGACUCUAGCUGGCAUGUUGGAGAUGGGUGUUUCCUACCUGCCUGUCAACCAGAACUGGGAGCGAUACCUCGCAGAGGCACAGAACACCUAUGAAGAGCUCCAGCGGGAGAUGAAGAAGUCACUGAUGGACCUGGCCAAUGAUGCCUGCCAGCUGCUCUCAGGAGAUAGGUACAAAGAAGACCCCUGGCUCUGGGAUUUAGAGUGGGAUCUGCAAGAGUUCAAGCAGAAGAAGGCAAAGAAGGUGAAGGAGUCAGCCACAGCUAGCAAGUUGCCUGUCGAGGAGGCUGGGGAUCCCAUGGAUCAGGAAGACCCCGGCCCCCCCAGCGAGGAGGAGGAGGUUCAAAGAGAUGUCAUGGCCCAUGCCUGCUUGCAACAGCUGAAGGGCACCACAGAGGUGCUAUUGCCCAAGCGGCUCCAGCACCUUCCUGGACACCCUGGGUGGUACCGGAAGCUCUGUCCACGACUAGAUGACCCUGAAUGGACCCCAGGCCCCAGCCUUGUCAGCCUGCAGAUGCGCGUCACACCUAAACUCAUGGCAUUGACCUGGGACGGCUUCCCUCUGCACUACUCAGAGCGACAUGGUUGGGGCUACCUGGUGCCUGGGCGGCGGGACAACCUGGCUAAAGGGCCAAUUGGCACCACCCUAGAGUCACCUGGGGUGGCCUGCCCCUAUAGAGCCAUCGAGUCCCUAUACAGGAAGCACUGUCUUGAACAGGGGAAGCAGCAGGUGGAGCCCCAGGAGGCAGGCCUGGCUGAGGAGUUCCUGCUUUCUGAUAACAGUACCAUGUGGCAUACGGUAGAAGAACUAAGCUGCCUGGACAUGGAGGCUGAGGCCAAGAUGGAGAACCUGUGUGCUGCAGAACUGGGUCAACCCCUAGCUCUGACUACUGCUUGUGGGCCCAAGGCCAGCCAGCCCAGUUAUCAUCAUGGCAAUGGACCUUACAAUGAUGUGGAUAUCCCUGGAUGCUGGUUUUUCAAGCUGCCUCAUAAGGAUGGCAAUAGCUGUAAUGUGGGCAGCCCCUUUGCAAAGGACUUCCUGCCCAAGAUGGAGGAUGGCACCCUGCAGGCUGGCCCAGGAGGUGCCAGUGGUCCCCGUGCCCUGGAAAUCAACAAAAUGAUUUCUUUUUGGAGAAAUGCCCAUAAACGUAUCAGCUCCCAGAUGGUGGUGUGGCUUCCUAGGUCAGCUCUGCCCCGUGCUGUGACCAGGCACCCUGACUAUGAUGAGGAAGGCUGCUAUGGGGCCAUCCUGCCCCAGGUAGUGACUGCUGGCACCAUCACCCGCAGGGCCGUGGAGCCUACAUGGCUCACUGCUAGCAAUGCCCGGCCUGACCGAGUAGGCAGUGAGUUGAAAGCCAUGGUGCAGGCUCCACCUGGCUAUGUCCUUGUGGGUGCUGAUGUGGAUUCACAGGAGCUGUGGAUUGCAGCUGUUCUCGGAGAUGCCCACUUCGCUGGCAUGCAUGGCUGCACUGCUUUUGGGUGGAUGACACUGCAGGGCAGGAAGAGCAGGGGCACUGAUCUACACAGUAAGACAGCUACCACAGUAGGCAUCAGCCGUGAGCAUGCCAAAGUCUUCAACUAUGGCCGCAUCUAUGGGGCUGGACAACCAUUUGCUGAACGCCUACUGAUGCAGUUCAACCACCGGCUUACGAGGCAGGAGGCAGCUGAGAAAGCCCAGCAGAUGUAUGCUGUCACCAAGGGCCUCCGACGGUAUCGGCUUUCUGAUGAGGGCGAGUGGCUGGUGAGACAGUUGAACCUCCCUGUGGAAAGGACUGAGGAUGGAUGGAUUUCCCUGCAGGACCUGCGCAAGAUCCAGAGAGCAGCUUCAAGGAAGUCAUGCUGGAAGAAAUGGGAGGUAGUUGCUGAGCGAGCAUGGAUAGGGGGUACAGAAUCAGAAAUGUUCAACAAGUUGGAGAGUAUAGCCACAUCAGACACACCACAGACCCCAGUGCUGGGUUGCCGCAUCAGCCGAGCCCUGGAGCCCUCGGCUGUCCAGGGGGAGUUUAUGACCAGCCGUGUAAACUGGGUGGUGCAGAGCUCUGCUGUGGACUACUUACACCUCAUGCUUGUGGCCAUGAAGUGGCUAUUUGAAGAGUUUGCCAUUGAUGGACGCUUUUGCAUCAGUAUCCAUGAUGAGGUUCGCUACCUGGUACGGGAAGAGGAUCGCUACCGUGCUGCCCUGGCCCUGCAGAUCACCAACCUCCUAACCAGUCUCUCAGCAGGAGGUGUAGGCUGUUUGGAGCAGUGCUGCCCUCCAGCUCCCUGGUUGGGACUGGGGAAUUGGUGCAGGGGAAGCUCUACUAUAAGGGUCGAUAUUGACCAGUGCCUCAGGAAAGAAGUGACCAUGGAUUGUAAAACCCCUUCCAACCCAACUGGGAUGGAAAGGAGAUACGGGAUUCCCCAGGGUGAAGCGCUGGAUAUUUACCAGAUAAUUGAACUCACCAAAGGCUCCUUGGAAAAACGAAGCCAGCCUGGACCAUAGCUCUGCCUGGAGGCACUGUAUUUGCUCCUGUGGAGCUUCAUCGGGGCAGUGCAGGCUCCCAA